CGCGCUUGUUUUGGGGGCGCGUGCAAUGCCUGCGCACUGUAACUCCAUCCUCCCACUCGGACCGGAAGUUAGCAUAACUUUAGGUUUUUCUCACCUCAGUAAUUUCUUAACUUCCUCGGAAGUCCGUCGGAACGAAAGCGUGGAUUCUCGGGUAUGGUGUUAAGAGAGUUGCCGCUAUCAGAAAGUGAAACGCUGGGUAUGAGUUGUGUAAAAGAUGGGUAAUCAGGAGCUGGAAGACGUGUUUGUAGCUGUAAUACGGCCGAAGAGUGCUGUGAGCCUCAGCUCCAAGGAGUACCGCGCCAAAGCAUACGAGAUUCUGCUGAUUGAAGUUCCACUUGAGGGAAAAGAGAAGAAGAGGAAGAAGGUUCUCCUGGGGACCAAAAUCCAUGUAGACAGUGACAAAACAAAGUCAAUCCUGGAAUAUGUGGAUGAAGCAACUAAACCCAUAUCAAAUAACCAAGGCAUAAUAGGGAAACGUGUUGUGCACAUGAAGAAGUUCCCUCUAGAUGGGGAGAAUGACGGAAAGGAGGCCUCACUAUUUAUUGUGCCAAUUAAUGUUAAAGACAAUAGUAAGCCUGUGUAUCACCCUGGGAGUCCCAGCUUUUACUGUCUGCAAGACAUCAUGCGUGUGUGCAGUGAAACCAGCGCCCACUUCAACUCGAUCACCUCAAAGAUGCUGCUCGGCCUUGACAAGUGGCUAGCAGAGCAGCACAGUGUUCCACAUGCUAUCCCUGCACUCUUCCGACCUGCGCCUAUUGAGAGGGUCAAGACCAACGUGAGCAAUCCUGCCUACUCUACCGAGAGCAAGCAGAACGACAUGUCGCUUCACAUGGGCUACACUGCACUAGAGAUCAAGAGCAAGAUGAUGUCUCUGGAGAAGGCAGACAUGUGCAUAGAGAACCCACUCUAUGGCUCAGACCUGCAGUACACCAACAGAGUGGAUAAGGUCAUCAUUAAUCCGUACUUUGGCUUGGGAGCUCCAGACUACUCCAAAAUCCAGAUCCCAAAGAGAGAGAAAUGGCAACAUAGCAUGACCAGUGUGACUGAGGACAAAGAUCGCCAGUGGGUGGAUGACUUCCCCCUGCAUCGCAGUGCUUGCGAGGGAGACACAGAGCUUCUUUCCAAACUGCUGGACAGUGGUUUUUCUGUGAAACAGCUGGACAGUGACCACUGGGCCCCCAUCCAUUAUGCAUGCUGGCACGGAAAGGUAGAGGCCACCAAACUUUUGUUGGAGAAAGGGAAUUGCAACCCCAACCUGCUGAAUGGACAGCUCAGCUCCCCCUUGCACUUUGCAGCUGGAGGAGGCCACUCCGAGAUUGUGGAGCUCCUGCUUCAGCACCCUGAUAUAGACCGGCACAUUGAAGACCAACAGAAACGUUCCCCUCUUCAAGUCUGCGAGGAAAAUAAACAGAACAACUGGGAAGAGACUGUAAAGCUCCUUAAACAAGCCAGUAACCAGCCAUAUGAAAAGGUGCGGAUUUACCGCAUGGAUGGUUCGUACCGCUCGGUGGAAUUAAAGCAUGGCAACAACACGACAGUGCAGCAGAUCAUGGAGGGUAUGAGGCUCUCACAGGAAACGCAGCAGUACUUCACCAUCUGGAUCUGUUCUGAGAACCUCAGUCUGCAGCUGAAGCCCUAUCACAAACCCUUACAGCAUUUGCGUAUCUGGCCCGAGAUCGUCACAGACCUGACUGCGCUGGACCCACAAAGGGAGAGCCCCCAACUGUUCCUGCGAAGAGAUGUCCGUCUGCCUCUGGAUGUUGAAAAGAAGGUUGAAGAUCCACUCUCCAUCCUCAUCCUGUUUGAUGAAGCUCGCUAUUUCCUCCUCAAAGGUUUCUUCUCAUCACCAGACAGCAGGCUCAUAACUCUAGCGAGCCUCCUUUUGCAAAUCAUUUACGGCAACUACGACAGCAAAAAACACAAACAAGGCUUUCUGAAUGAGGAAAACCUGAAAUCCAUAGUUCCGAUAUCCAAAGUGAAAAGUAAAGCACAUCACUUGACCAGCAGGAUCCUUCACGAGUAUAAGAGUCUGAGCACCAGUGAGGGAGUGAGUAAAGAAAUGCAGCACCUUCAGCGCCUCUUCCUACAGAACUGCUGGGACAUUCCUACCUACGGCGCUGCCUUUUUUACCGGCCAGGUCUACACCAAGGCCAGCUCCAGCACCCACAAGGUCAUCCGGGUCUACGUGGGGGUCAACACCAAAGGUCUGCACCUCAUGAACAUGGAAACCAAGGUGCUCCAUCUCAGCAUGGAGUAUGGCACCUUCAUGUGGCAGCUCGGGCAGGCUGACCAGUACGUCCAAAUCCACAGUCUAGAGAACAAGAAGAACUUCAUAGUACACACGAAACAGGCAGGUCUAAUUGUAAAGCUGUUGAUGAAGCUGAGUGGACAGAUGAUUCCUAACGACAGAGCAGCAUCAGACAAAUACGCAUACGGCUAACUCCCAUCCCGCGCUGUCGAUUCAGAAAUCAUGCCAUCAGAUUGCCUUGACUUUUACAGGUUACAUUUGUAUUUAUAUUACUUUUACUGUCAAAGACGUGUUUUAUGGUAAUUCUUUAGGAUUUUGCUCCUGUAAACUAUAUAUAAGCUUCUGUUUGGAAUACAGUUUUUAAUUUUGUAACUUUUUCAUUGCUGUGUACAAAUAUUUAUAUGUAAUGAUUGCAUUUUAAUAAAAUACAUAAUAUAUUA